GUUGUUUGUGCGCAUUUCGUUGAUGAAAAUGAUGACGACGACGAACACAAUUCACACAGGCUCCUCAAAUCACACACACCACAAACAAAAACAAACAGUGCGCCAUGUCGAGUGUCGUCUCCAUGCCCGAGGCCGUGCAGAAGGCUGUGCCCGUGGAGCCACAUGCCAAAGCGUGUGCCGUCUGUCAUGAGGCCUUUGUCUGGUUCUUCCCAGCAGCUCGCAGAAGGUCGCACUGUGACCUUUGCGGCAAGGCUGUCUGCAAUGGGUGCCUGCACAACGAGCCACUGAGCUUCCAAGAGUUUCGUAUGUGCAACACAUGCCGUGCAACCUCGCUUCCAAGGCUGCGCGGCCUUCUUCGCUACCCGUGGUUCCACGGAAGGAUAAGCCGGGAUGAGGCGGAGCGUCGCCUGCGCACGGACUCGUCUGCACUCGGCGACUUUCUCGUGCGUGUCGCACCCGAUACUGAGGAGCGGCCACACCACUUUCAUGGCGGCCGGCACAGCAGCCACGACCACGCGGCAAUGGAAGGCGCCGACAUGCCCUUGUUCAUCCUCAGCGUGCGCAAUACGCCUGCCUCUGUUGCCCACUUCCCCAUCCGUGGCCAGGAGGGCGAGUACUUUCUUGACCGCACUGCCAACUUUUCCACCAUCCCAGAGCUCGUGGCAUCCUCGAUGGAAAGCGACAUGCUUGAUCGGUCUGCUGUGGUGAGCGCGGACACGCACUUCCCGGUAUGCCCAACAUGCACCGCUGCGUUGCCCACAGCCUUGACCGGCAGCAGCGACAACCACGGCGACAAUGGUGACGGCAGCAGCCACCAGCAGGGCGGCGGUGGGCUGCCCGAGUUUUGCGAGUGUGGCGCUCGCCUCGCAUCCACUGCAGAGGCCCGCAAGAUCUUCGACAACAUCGGCUUUGAGUACCUCCACCACGCAACCACAGCCUAACCACAGCACAGAGAUUGAGUGUGUGAGUGUGUAUGUCUUAUGUGUGUGGGUGUGUGUGUGCUGCGAGGCACCACAGUACAGCAGCAGAACCAAAUGUCUCGUCUUGCUUCUUGCUUGCUUGCCUUUGUUUGUUUUGAUUUCCCUCCUGUCAUCAUCAUCAUUUCAUGGUUGCGCAAGAAGCAAGAAA